GUCUGUUCUGGGAAAAAGGGACUUUUGGUGUCUUCCUCGGCUCUGGGAAGACCAUGGCUCUGUCCAGGAUCUGCGGGACGUACUUGCUGCUGGUUUUUCUGCAGGCGGUGCUGAUCUGCUCGGCUCAGAGGGGGCCGGUCGGACCCAGAGGCCCCCCAGGGCCCCCUGGAGCAGCCGGCGUGGACGGGAUCGAUGGCGACAGAGGAGAGGAUUCCACAGUGGCCGGGGGACCCGGGCCUGAUGGAGAGAACGGCAAAGACGGACUUCCUGGAGCUCCAGGUCUUCCAGGUGCCGAUGGACCUGUUGGACCUCCUGGAGAACCAGGUCCCAUGGGGUCAAAAGGGUCAAAGGGUGAACGAGGAGCACGUGGACCACAGGGGGAGCCAGGUUUUGGCCCUGAUGGGUUAGACGGGAUUCUGGGAACAGACGGGCUGCCGGGUGAAGUGGGCAAAGCUGGACCUCCUGGUGAGAGAGGCAAAAGAGGUCAAGUUGGACUUCCUGGACCUAUUGGUCCUCGGGGUCCUCCAGGUGUGUAUCAAGGCGAGAACCUGUGUCCUCACGCCUGUCCGUCUGCUCUGAGUGGACAUCCAGGUCUCAGCGGUAUGAAGGGCCACAAAGGUGUUAAGGGUGAAUCUGGUGAGCCUGGAAGACAAGGACACAAGGGAGAAGAAGGAGAACAAGGACCACAGGGAGAAGUCGGUGUUCCGGGAUUACCAGGCCCAGGUGGACCAAGAGGCCUCCCAGGAAUCACGGGCUCCAAAGGAGACAGGGGACCUCGUGGACUUUCCGGUGACGUGGGUCCUCAUGGAGUCUCAGGAGCUCCAGGUGAUCCAGGUCAGAGAGGAGUGAGCGGUGAGACCGGACCAAAGGGCGUUCUGGGAGAUCAGGGUCCACCUGGAAUCAGAGGAGUGCCAGGACCGAAAGGAGAGCCUGGUCUCCCUGGUCCAGACGGCCGUGAGGGAAUCCCGGGGCUGCCAGGGUCAAAGGGUCCGCCAGGUAAAAAUGGGGCUCCAGGUGACGUCGGCCCUCAGGGACUACCUGGUUUGCCGGGCGCUUAUGGUCAACAAGGUGUCAGUGGUGCGAAGGGCAGCGCCGGUGAUCCGGGUGUUGUAGGACUGAUGGGAUCGCCAGGAAAACAGGGUGAGCGCGGCGAGCAGGGCGAGGUGGGACCAGUCGGACCCAGAGGCGGACCCGGUGACCGAGGAGAAAAAGGACCCGACGGGCCGCUGGGACCACCAGGAGUCAGGGGAGGCAAAGGAGACCCGGGCCUUCCAGGACUUCCUGGCCCAGCUGGAUAUCGAGGCCAGAAGGGAGACCGGGGUGCAGUGGGACUCGACGGGCCAAAGGGAGAUCAGGGUUCUCCGGGUGCUGAAGGAACGCCGGGAGAGCGAGGAGACGUGGGUGACCAAGGUGAAGCUGGAGAGAAAGGCUCGACCGGCCCCCCAGGAGAGACGGGAAACAAAGGACCUGAGGGGAGCCGAGGCCAGCUGGGGCACGAGGGCAAGCCGGGUCAGCCGGGCCCACGUGGGAUGCAGGGUGACACCGGAGUACCCGGCCUGCCUGGGGGACAGGGACCAGCGGGAAAGUCGCCCACAGACUCGCACAUUAAACAGGUCUGCAUGAGAGUCAUGCAAGAACAGUUGGCCCAGCUAGCAGCGAGCCUGAGCAGGCCUGAGUCAGGCAUCGCUGGAAUCCCCGGCCCCCCUGGCCCACCUGGACCUCCAGGCCCUGCCGGAGAGAAUGGUUUCCCUGGACACACGGGAUCACGAGGCCUACCUGGUCUCAAAGGUCCACCUGGUCUGCUGGGCCGCAAAGGACUAAAAGGUGACCAAGGUGACAGAGGCGACAGAGGGCCCACGGCUAGAGGAACCAAAGGAGAACCAGGUGCUCCGGGUCUACCAGGUGAACCCGGCCGACCGGCUUACGGCACACACGGCCGUGAUGGAGAGAGGGGUCCGCGUGGCGUUCCCGGCACUCCCGGUGUUCCUGGGCCUCCAGGUCCCGCUGGUCUCAACGGUUACUGUGAGCCGUCACAGUGCGUCCUGCCCAUGGUGGCGUCGCCGGUUUCGGCCAAAGACUCCAGCAUGAAGGGCCCCAGUGAGAUGUGAAGAGGGUCCGAGUCCGGACGGGAGCAGAACUCAAGAGACUGGAGCAGAAUGAAGUUUUUAAUCACUCCAUGUACGUUUGCCUCUUUUGACUUGGAAUCAAGAAUUUUUCCUCUUUGAAGGUGGACGCUGAACAGUUCUUGUCAGCUAUUAAAAUACUGUUUUCACAUCAGCUCGCAAUUUCUGUACAAAUAAAACAAAACCAUUUUUAUGAAUUAGGAAGUCACUGAAAUGCAUAUAUUUUCAUUGGAGUAACACUAAAGGAGCAGUGCGGCGAGUUUUCCCUGUAAGUUUAUGUAAAUGUGUCGAUACGAUUCCUUUGCAGGACAACGCUCAUUUCUGCUUUUCCUUGAAAUGUAAACACUGUUUAAACACUUCUGGCAACUGACUGGAGGGGGCGCUGUGUGAAUACUUCAACAGUUUUAUAUAAAUUCUUAUUUAUUAUAUCAACGUGAAACUGAGUUGUACAAAAGGAGGAAAUAAACACGUUUUGGUAAGCUUU